AUGAAGCCGCAAACCUCAACCAGCAGCUCGAUUUCAGAAAGUCAAACACAACAAAUGCACGGCUACGGCAACAGUUGGUUCACCAACCUCCACGAGCUGGGAACCCAGUACACCAAGCUGCACGCCGAACAAGACGCCAGUCUCACUGCCCGAGCAUUAUCCACAACCUCAUCCCCGUCACCCAUGCAUUGCUAUGGAGAUUCGUGGUUCGAGAACCUCAGUGCCCAGAGGCUGGCGUACGAACAGCACAAGGCCGCCGAGGAGGAGGAGGAGGAGGAGGACGACGACGAAGCCCCCCCACCGCACAACUACGGGGAUGCAUGGUUUGAGAACCUCAACGGCCUACGCGUGGAGUACGAACGCACACAUCAACCGCACAACUACGGCGACGCGUGGUUUGAAAACCUCAACACCCAAAGAUUACAGUACGAGCAGGCCCAUCCGCCGCAGUCGCAACCGCAGCCGCAGCCGCACAACUACGGCGACGCCUGGUUUGAGAAUCUCAACAAUCAGAGAAUGCAGUACGAGCAGGCCCGUCAGCCACACCCGCACAGUUACGGCGCGGAUUGGUUUGAGGGGUACGAGCGCAUGUGGGAACAGUGGCAGACUUCAAAGACGUGCGGGCGAGCGUAG